GAAUCGUGAAGUAUGUCGUGCACAGAAAAGACUUCGAACGACUGGAUUACAACGCAACAAUUGCACAAAGGAUAUGCAAAGGACUGCAAAACACAGAUCUACGUGAGCCAUGUAUCAUCACAUCUAAAGAUGUCUCGUUUAUGGCGUUGGUACCCACAGCCAGAGCGCCUGAUAACCUAAAUGAUGGUGAGACGAUAACGGAUGUUACAAAAGGACUAAAGAAUGAGAAUGACAAGACGAGAUGGAUAAGCCUUUUCCCGACAGAGGACAUACCUAUCAAGAUUCCUGAGCAGGAUGAAGUAUUGUAUCUUACAGAGACAGUUGAAAACUUGAAAAAGCAUCCCGAUGUUAAAAGAUUCCUGACAAUUUCGUUUGAAAAAGAAAUAUUUGCUUACGCUGAACGGGCCUACAAAUAUGUCCAAUCCCUCAUCGCAGGAAACGUGAAACAACAACGAGAUCAGUCGGAGACGAUAAAUUUAGAGAUACGUUCUCUUCUUGUGAGAAAACUACCGGAGCACGGCAUCUCUGCCUUCCGCACAUCCGACGAUAAGCCAAUGCACCACAACAAGUUCCAGUUUCCCUCCUCUCGAAAUAUUAAAGAGGAACUACAAGACAAAAGUCUGCAGGGAUGUGGUGUCCAGGGCUUUUGCAACACAGCUGACGGGUUCCUGUUAUUAGUAGCCGAGCCUAAAGAACAUACUGACAGAAAGAAAAUUGCGAGUCGUAUUAAAAAGUGCUUGAGCAGAUAUCUAGAUGAUCAAUCGGAGAUCUUAUGGGUAGAAUCAAUAAAGACAUCAAACCUAACAGCUCGAGGUGAUAAGCUUACUAACCCAGAAACGAAAAAAAAGGGAACCCUUGGCUGUUUUGGCAGACGAAAUGGCACAGGAUUGGUUGCAAUCACCGCGGGACAUUUUGUAAAAACGGAACAGCGAAUCCAAAUAGAAAAUUCGCGAGAGUUUGGAACGUGCGCAGAAAGUCAUGAGCUAGAAAAUGUAGACAUUGCUAUCAUAGACGUAAAUGAGAAUGAGAGUUCUCGUUGUGUGGAAAGUUUUCAAAACGAAAAUGGAGAAGUUUGCGAGGCAUCUGUAUAUCGGGGAGAUGAAUUACAAAACUGGCCGGUACAUAAAAUAGGAGCAGAAACAAAAGCUACUUCAGGAGUUGUAUACUCUGGUGACGCCAAGGUAUGUAGAGAGGAAGGCAUUGUUAUAUGCGGAAACACGGACCACCCAGUCUUUGCUAGACAUGGUGAUAGUGGAGCCAUCGUAUUCUUCUAUGAUCCGCAUGACAUAAACCACAAAUCUGUUAAGUUGCUUUCUAUAGUAUCAAGAGAUAUCGACAUAAAACCAAAGGGAACAAUUCCGGUAAGUCUCUCUAGAGAACCGGUAUUGACUCGAAGUUUGAAAGAUGGAUUAGAUUUGGUCCAUGACAUUACGAUAUAAGAAAGAUUCACUCGAAAACAGAUCAGAAGGAUUUACUUAGAAACAUAUCAGAAAGCUUCACUCAGAACAGUUCCCCUUAUUCUUAAUAAUUUGUGACAAAGGGACGAUGUGAACCAAUAAUGAUUUAUUUUAAAAUUCAGUAGUAUGAUGUCAAAUUAUAUCUAAUUUGAAAUCAUUUUUGACAAAGGGACGAAUGAAGUAUAAUGAUUUAUUUUAAAAUCUAUCAAAAUUAUUAAGAUUACGGAAAUUUAUAUUCAGAGGUACUUAACCUAAGAUGUGUGUGUCCAAAGGCAGUCAUAGAGUGUAUUACCUCAA